AUGCUUCCAUUACUGUUAUGCGCCACGGCCGCGGCGGCUGCCAGCGUCCCCGGCUUACGAAAACUGAGCAAUCUGGUCACCUUUGGAGACAGCUACACAGACGAAGGACGCUUGAACUACAUCUUCAGUCACAACGCUCUGCCUCCUCCCGGCCAGCUAUUGCCAGUGAAUAACCAGACCUCGGUGGGCGGUUAUGCCUGGCCAAGACUCGUGGCGCAAAAGACGGGAGCCAAGCUCUACGAUUAUGCCGUUGCAGGUGGCAUGUGUUCUGACAAUGUGACGCAGCAUUACUUGGGCAAUAUCAAUGGGCCAUUCCCUUCCAUCCUGGAUUACGAGGUACCGGCCUUCGAGACAGAUCUGGGGUACAAAGGGCUGUAUCCAGACCGAAGAGCAGAUAACACAGUUUACGCGCUGUGGAUUGGCACCAAUGACCUUGGAAUUGACGGGUUCUUGGGCGAAGAGCAAGUUCAAGGAGCCACAAUCACAGACUUUGUAGAGUGUGUUUGGAAAGCCUUUGACGGGGUGUAUAAGCUGGGAGGCAGGCAAUUCGUCCUCCUCAACGUGCUUCCACUGCAGCUUUCACCCAUGUAUGCUUCCAUCCCCAAUGGCGGCACGGGCAACAAUGAAUACUGGGGAAAUAAGGAGACUUUCAACACCACAGAGACUCAGUAUAAGAUGGAGGAGUAUCUGACCAGCGCCAACACCAUGUUCGCCACCGGAGCGCCGUAUAAUUCGCUCAUCAAGAAGCGUUGGCCGGGUGCGACAGUCAGCCUUUUGGACGUGCAUUCUCUGUUGCUGGACUUGCGUGCAAAUCCAUCCAAAUAUUACACUGCACCUGUCGAUAUUACCAGCUCGUGGAGGGGAUGCGGCGACUCAGGCUGCUAUCAAUCGACUGAACCGCAGUCGAAUUUCGUGUGGUACGACGAGGUGCAUCCGUCGGAGAGGACAUGCGAAUAUGUAGCCGACGAGUUUAUCAGCCUUUUGGAGGGAAAGUCGAAAUACGGCGUGUCGUAUCACUAG